GCCAGUGUACCAAUUGCAGAAACAGUUGGAGGGCGGAGAUGGCAAAAAAGAACUACCGGACCUGCGUGCGGAUGGGCAACUGGAACGAAGAUAUUUUCCUGGAGGAGGAAAUGAUGAAAGAUUUUUUGGAAAAAAGAGAUAAGGGACAGCUCCUUAUACAGAGAAAUAGAAUACUUAUUGCAAAUCUCUUAAAACAGACAAAGAUUUCUGCUACUAAAGAUGGAUUAAUUCAUUAUGGAGAUAGCGUAUUGGUUAUUAAUCCUGACUGUGAAGAUCCUCAUGGUGGCCAAACUGUAUUUGGCAGACUGGCAUUGUCAGUGACCCCAGAAGAAAUGAAAGCACACAUGAGUAAUGACAUAGAGGUGCCCUGUGAAGUGACUGCUAUGCAUGGUACCAGCCCAGUUGGCAGAAACACAUUUAUCAUUUUAAGCUUAGAUGGAAAUGCACAGGGCAAACCCAUCAGAUAUGGACAGAAUUUUGGUCUUGCAACAACAGCUGGCUUUGAUGAUAAGAUGUUAUAUUUAGGAAGUAACCAUAAGACAAUGGUGCAGUCAGCAAAGCAGUCUUUGCUUCAGGACGUUUAUCUAACGGAUGAGUUCUCCUAUUUGACUUGCUGGCAAGCUAUUUACGUUGAUCCUCAGCUGCGCAUUGAAUAUGAAGGCUUUCCAGUUCCUGCAAAUACCAAGAUCAUUAUCAAGCACUGCCAUACGAACCGAGCACUAGCAGCUAACAGGAAAUAUUCUCUAAGAACAUAUUUUGGAAAGGAAUGUGAAGUUGUCUGUCACACACACCUAGAUGCUCGCAGAUCUGAAAAACCAUUGAACCACUGGGUUUUAUGUACUGGGGAUCCAAGUGGCCAUUCAUCUAUUUUGUUGGACAGACCCAACGCUUCAUCAGAGAAGACCAUUCCAGAACAGCAAGUAGUGAGCACAGAUGCACUAUAAUCUGUUAGCCAAAAAGUCUCUCUGACCUAUGCUUUUAAAAAAUAGAAUUAUAAUUUUUAAUGAAAUUAAUCUUCUUGCCUUAUGGAAAUAGAUUUUUAAAAAAUGAGUCAUAAAAGCUCUUUGAAAGGUAUGUGGAAUGAUAUGAGUUUCUACUAUCUUUAUAAUGUCAGACUUGUUGGUAAGGAUUGAUGACCAUAUUUUCAUUCUUCUUUGAAUGGAUUCUUUUUAGACUGUUAGCUCCUAGCGGAUAAGAACCAUGACCUUUUAUGUUAACUGUAACCUGUGCUGUAUACAUUUAGAUAUUUAAUAAAUGUUAUUUGAAGAUGACCAAUUGGUUAUUCUUGAGUAAUAAUGGAAAUCAGAAACAUUACAGAAAUCUCAAGAUUUAAUUUUGCCUUGUAAGACUGUAUGUGACAACUCCUUUCAAAAUAUCUCUGCCAAUACCCUUUAAGGAUAUAUAUCAACAUAAUAGAAACUGCUGCAGUUGAAGUGCUUGGCAGGGUAGAGGACAUCCACUUUAUUUUUCUUUUCUGGUCUCUUCUGUACAAUUGAAACAUUGGUGAGGUGUCUAGAAAUUUCUGUUGCCCGCCUUGAUUUAACCUGCUCAAAAGAUUUAUUUGCACAUUCCCUAAGAGGAAAGUACCAUUCCUUAGAGAGUAACUUCUUUGAGGCUUUGCAAGUUGCAAAAAUCUUGCCAUCAUCUUCCUCUACCUGGUUCUUUGCCAUUGUACAUAAUUGUCGUGUGAGAGAAAUCCAUCCAUCCAUGGGGAGUUAGUGGAUUUCCAAAGAUCAUGAGUCAUCUUACCCUGAGCUGCUGACCAGAUUUAUUUUCAUAAGAUGAGUGGGGCAGAUUCUUGCCAUAGUAUCCUUGUUGUUUGUCUUUGCUAUGUUAGGGAAAAGCAAACCUCCUGUUGUUAACUGUUCAAUGACUCGUGAGUGCCUCUUUUUAUUCCAGUAUGGAAGCUGUAUUAAGAGAAUGGAAAUGGAUUUGCAGGUAUGUGUUGACCAGUCUCUCAAUAGCCAAGUUCAUUCUUCCUCACCCUCCACUUCUGUCAGUUUUGUAGGUUCUUCCUCCACUACAUUUCUCACACAGCCACCGCUGUUUCAGGGACUCCUUGUUGCCACCUGACUAGUACAACAACUUCCUAAUUAGACUCCUGGCUUCCAGGCUCUGGCUCCCCCUUCUCCAAUUUUUUCACACAAGAACAUUUCUAAACUGACUUUAACAUUUCUAAUGUCAAUGAAUUUAAUAACACAUCUAAACUGAUUUCUAGACAGAUCUGACUGUUGCCUUCCUGUCUAAAAACUUUCUUUGGUUCUCCAUUAUUUCUAGAAUAAAAACACAAGCCCCUCAGUUUGUAAUUUAAAUCUUUCACAGCCUGACCCCGAUCUGGCUACUUUUUUUUCCAGUACAUUUCACUAUUCCCCUUAUAAUCUCAGUUCUAGUCAAACUGACUUCUUUGUGGUUCCUGUAUCCUAUCUCCUACUUCCAGACCCAAUAUCAGUUUUGAAGGGCCCGGGUACAGUUUUUUUGCUUCUCUGACUUCCUACCAGAAAAUUUUUGAUCUUCCUAUCUAACAACAUCUAGCUUGCUAUCACCAACAUCUGUUAUGAGUACUGAGCUCACAAAGCUCAAAGGUUAGAAAAGUUUAUUUGAAAGUCAGUGCAAACAAACUGAACCAUCCUCAUUCCAUACUGCCAGUACACAAACCCUUCCCCAGAGGCCAGUACAACAUUGGCACUUACUUGGUAGAUCUCCCAUUGCAACUGUCCCAUGUGGCUUCUUAAUAGAAGCAGCUGAUGCAUAGCCUGAUGCUGGAGAUCCAUCUUGGCUUCUCUCAGAACCACCCCUGUUGUACUUUGUUGAUGAUCUCCACAGUCGUCGUUCUAGUGUUACCUCUACAGGCAAGGGUAGGAUGGAAAGGUGGAAAAAAUGUUCCCAGCAUUUCUUCCUCUCUGCCAUGGGAUAAAGAGCAUCUCUCAUAUCCAUUCUGACUAGCUUGGAUGCAGUGUCCAUUAGAACUCAUCCCUAAGUUUCUCUCAUGUAAUACGGAUGGUGACGGUGCUGCUGCUUCUGGUGGUGGUGGGUGGUGUUGUGUGUGUAUGCGUGUGUGUGUGUGUGUGUGUGUGUGUGUGUGUGUGAGAGAGAGAGAGAGAGAGAGAGAGAGAGAGAGAGAGAGAGAGAGAGAGAGAGAGAAUGAGAGAGAGAGAGACAGGGUGUAUUUAGAGGUUGAGUACCAGCCUCAGGCCCUCCCAAUUUUCCUCCCAGCAUUGUCUUUCUCCACUAUGUGACUCCUUCCUGCUCCUUUUCUCCUAACCUCCUAUGAUUGAUCUCACAUGUGAUACUGGGCUGCUUCUCACUGAACUAGAGGAGAGGAGGAGGGGGAGCCUGGAGGAGGGGGCACAAAACUAAUUUAAUUCUCCUCCCACCCAAAUUCCAAAGUCCUGCUUAGUUUUAAAGUCACCUUAAAAAAGCUUGGAACUUCCCCAUUGACUAAUUUGAUCUUGUAGUUCUCUAAAACAGCCACAAGAUGUCAAUAUGUAAAAUUUUAAAUAUCUUAAACCUAAAAAUGAAUUCGAUUAGAAUCAGAUCUUUCUUUUCUUAAGCUUUUACUUAGUAUUUAAUUUUUCCCCAGUUACAUGUAAAAACAAUUUUUAACAUUUGUUUUUAAAACUUUGAGUUCCAAACUCCAUUCCUCCCCAACCCCCCGCCAGAGGGCAAACAAUUUGAUAUAGGUUAUACAUGUGUAGUCAUGCAAAACAUAUUCAUAAUAGUCAUGUUGUGAAAGAAAACAUAGACA